GCUUUCUGUUUACUUAGACGCAAGGCAGUGGAGACAAUGUAGACAAACAAAACAACUGCGCGACUUAAAUAACCCAACACCAAUCAAUUUGUAAAUUCCUCCGUCCACUACAAUUACUUCGUAGGUUAAACAGGUAUUGAGAAUAACGAAAAACAUUCAUAAUUCAGUACAUUGCCAAUUCUCAUAACAUACUCACAGCAAAUAAACUGCCAAUCCGCAAAGGAAAUUAAUUUAUAUUUUGAGCUCGGAAGGACGGAAGAGACCACUGAAUUAUUUAGGACAAAAGUGUUCUUUUAUUCACAGCCUCUCGUUUUUUUUUUUGGUUCUCAGCUAGGCAGCGCAGCGCGUCUCUGAACACCAGCCUCGCUGCUGUCUUAUUUACUAGAAGUCUUAUAAGUCAGUUACAUGGAUGAAACAUGUCCAGACCAAGUUUGAAAUAAAAUGUGCGAAUUUGGUCAUCCGUGUGUUGGAGCAUGACAUGAAGGUACAUGGACCUAAAAAUAGAGAAAAAUGUAAGCGAGAAGAUCGAACAAAUGGGAUAUUGCGCAGUGAAUAAAAAACAAAACAAAAAACGAUAAUCCAAACCGAAGUAUGAAGUUAAUAUUUACGGCGUAUUUUGUGGUCUUUGGUAACGAACCCAAGUUUUUGUUUUACAUUUUCGUUUGGUUUUUCUUUCAUCAGAAACUAUCUAGUACUAUCCACACUAUCUGUUAAUUUUGCACCCGACUCAAGCGCUCGGGAACUGGGGGAGAUAGUGCUUUAGUACAAUUAAGUUGGCGCGCAAAGGGAUUUAAAAAAUGGUGGAGAAAUUGUUAUCUCAAAGAAGACCGCUUGAGUUAAUUACCGCACUGAGACUUGCGCUAACUCUCAAACUUGACUUGUUUUCCAUUUGUAUCAUUUGGUUUUUCACACCCACAAGCUCCUUAAUGGAAUAUACAGUGGUUUCGGUAGGGAAUUAAAUGGCACAGUCCUUUUCAAGUGAUGUCAAAUGGUACACUCGUCCCGUUUUAAUUUGUUUGUUGAAAAUUUGUACUGCUCCAUUUGGCGUAAGAUUCUCACCGGAAAGCGCUCUUGGUUUUACCCACCUGCCCUAGCUUCAAUUUGAUUGGUUGUUAUUAAAAGCAAUUUGAUCCUAAAGAUAGCGCAAAACUUGAAGUCGAAGGCAUCACGAAGCUUUCAUUUUUUUUCUCAAAUAACUUAGAGAGAGGGUUAAACAAGGUUAGCAGCUUAUAAAAUCUGGAGUAAUUAGAUAUAUGUUUUUAAUUUUGUUAAAGUAAAUUGCUUGGUAAAUGGAUUGCAUGCAGUUGUCGCUGUCUGUAAAUUGCGCAAAGCUAUUAACUUAAUGGUUCAUACUUCAUAAUCCUCUGCGCCGACUCGCUGGCCAGUGUUCGCGACGAAGUCUAUAAAUGUAAUAUAAGUACGUUCUCGUUAGAGCUGACAAGUGUGCUUACGGACCCGCCGUGUCAGUUUCAUCAUGGGAAUAGUUAUUUCGUUUUGUUGGAGAGUUCUGCACAGGAUUCCAUUUACAAAGAAGAAACAAACGGAGAGGGAACAACAGAAUGCGACAGAUUCAAUACCAACGGACGUAUUGAGGAACGGCUCCAGAUGCUGUACCGCCGUAACAUGCACGAGUUUGAUAAAGACUUCCAAGGAGCUGUUAACAAAAAUGGAACAAAUUCAAACACAACUGCACAACGAAGUUAUCCUGUGGAAGCUGAGGUUCAUACGCGGUAUCUGCAACGCAGAGAGUCGACAAAACUUCUAUGAACUCCUUCGAAAGUUUAACUCUUUUCAUGAAAUGCUGGACGCGAUCAUCGAAAACGAAAGAAAGUUCCUCGAUGCCAUCGAACCGAAGCAAAACGAAGUCGAAAAUGCAGACGUUGAAGCUGUGAAGGCAUCGAACGAAACACUAAGCAAAGACAAAAAGGCUUUGAAGAGGAGAGUGAGAUUUUUCACGAAGGUGCAUGAACGCAAUGUAAAGCUACUGUUUAUUGUCCUAAAUGAAGUGGCAGAGUGCCGAGCAAUGGUGAAUUCUUCUGAUGGAGACGAGUGCGCGGACAGCUUUGCGUUAGAAAUGGAAGAAACUGGUAGAUUCUUGACUGUGUUGAAGGAAUCGAACGAAGAACUGGCCGAAUAUACACCAUCACGACGUUGUUCUUACAAGCCGGAAUAACGAACUCAGAGCGGAAUACUUCAAAAUGAUAAACUAUGAUAAACCUUAAGAAGUGCGGGAGUCAGAUUGGACUUUUUGUUAAUUCAUCGGCUCAAAACUAGACACGAAGGGAAUAAACAGUCUAAAAAGGCAAGAUCAUUAGCCACUAUCUUGUUAAUUCUGAGAAACUAUUUUUGAAUAGAAAAUGAAGUUUCCUUUAGUACGGCACAUUAUAAUGUAUUGCAUCAUUUCUGAGUAGGAAUUGACAGCCACUCCGACCUACAAUCCCAGACAAAAAAGUUGGGACACGAAGCAAGUUCUCCCC